CCGAGCCGAGCAUGGCAGGCGGCUGCGAGCUGCAGGCAGCACACGGCUCCCGGAGACUGGCACUGCCUGGCAUGGGAGAGGGGUUACUCCCGGCCGCUCUGUGACUGCCAUGUCUCCCAUUUCCCGGCUCUCCAUCCAGGAUGGGCAGCGCUGUUUCCAAACGGAAGAACCCGCGGAGCAAUGCCAUCUGCUCGGCUGAAUCCAAGGUCAGAGCAGCACAAGCUUUCAGAGAGUAUCUGUCGCAGACUGAGCCUGGUACCAGUAGCACCAAGGCAUCAGAUCACUUGGUGGCUGAGACCCUGAUGGCACCGGAGCAUUCCUCGGAGAUCCAACAGCCCGGGCAGAACAAGCGCCGCCUCUCCAUGAUCUCUCAGGGAAGAUUCGACCGGAGUUUCUCGGAGGAAGGGACGGAGAAGCCGGCCGACGGCCAGAAGCCGCGGGUCUACACCAUCUCAGGCGAGAGCCAGCUGUUGUCGGAGAGGGAGACAGAGAGCGACGGGACGGCGACGAUAGCGGCAGCAGCGAGUACCCCCGGCAAGGAGGCGCGGCCCUCCCAGGCAGGCGGGGGCGGACGCUGCAGGACCUGGGCGGGCAGCAGGCAGAGCUCGAGGGAGUGCCCUGGCUGUGCGAAGGCCGCAGGGUCCUCACAGCUGCUGACAGUUGACGGCGAGCAUGUGCAGGCGCGCGAGGCCGCCCGCCACCGCAAGAAGCUCGAGCGCAUGUACAGCAUGGACCGGGUGUCCGACGAUGUCCCAAUUAGGACUUGGUUCCCAAAGGAAAACCUCUUCAACUUCCAGACAGCAACUACCACAAUGCAAGCAAUAUCGGCUUUCCGGGGCUGCAUGGAAAGGAAGAGGAGGAAGCGGGAGAACGAAUGUGCUGCUGUGAUCCAGAGAAAUUUCCGCAAACAUCUUCGAAUGGUUGGGAGUCGAAGAAUCAGAGUGCAAAGUCUUUCUGAGCGACAAGAGAAGAGUUUUGGUCGCUCCUGGAGUGACCCUACGCCGGUGAAGUCUGAUGUGAUUGGUGAACCACGAGAAAGUCAGGAGUUGCAGAACUCGUGCUGUGUUUUAGAUGAUGAUUUUGACGAUCUCAACUGGGAGGCGGAGAAGGAGCUGGAGCUGCUGUCAUGUGAUGGCGAAGACUUUGUCCCACCCAAGAUCAUGCUCAUUUCAUCCAAAGUCCCCAAGGCAGAGUACAUCCCGACCAUUGUCCGCAGGAAUGACCCCUCAGUCAUCCCCAUCCUCUAUGACCAUGAGCAUGCUGCUUUUGAUGACAUCUUGGAAGAGAUUGAGAAAAAGCUGAAUUCCUAUCGGAAGGGGUGCAAGAUCUGGAAGCUGCUGAUCUUCUGCCAGGGGGGGCCUGGCCACUUGUACUUGCUGAAGAACAAAGUCGCCACCUUUGCCAAAGUGGAGAAAGAGGAAGACAUGAUCUUGUUUUGGAGGAGACUGAGCAGAUUGAUGAGCAAGAUCAACCCAGAGCCAAAUGUGAUCCAUAUAAUGGGCUGCUAUAUCCUGGGAAAUCCCAAUGGGGAAAAGCUUUUUCGGAGCCUGUCUAAUUUGAUGACUCCUCACCGAAUAUCCUUUGAAUCUCCGUUGGAGCUUUCAGCACAAGGGAAGCGGAUGAUUGAGACAUACUUUGACUUCCGUCUGUAUAGACUGUGGAAAUCUAGGCAGCACUCAAAGCUGCUGGACUAUGAUGACAUCCUGUGAGGCGUAGGGAAGCUCAGAAUUGGGAUAAUCACUUGUAACCGCUCUUAUCGAGAACAACGUCUCCUCAGGGCUGGAGGCAAGCGGAGAGUCUCGGAAGGGAUUAAGAAGAAGCAGAAAACAUCUCUGUUGCAUCUUGUUCCAACAAAGAAAGGCUUAAUGGAAGUCUCAGGAGAAUGGUGUGGAAAGGUUAGGGCCUUUUUCUCUUUGAGUAGAAGGAUCAGAAAUCGGAAUUUUUAUUUCUGCGGAAUGUUGCCAAUCCAGGUCAAGACAGGAAAGUUCGGGCUUUUCCUUCAUCCUGAAGUCCUUAUGCAAAGACAGGACUGAAUAGUUAGCAGUUCGAAUUGUGGGAAAACCAGAGAGCGCUAAAUAAGAUUCUUUGAAAGUUCCUGCAAUGAAAAAUUCUAAACUGCCCACAGGUCUGGUUUAAAAUCCGUGCGCAGACUGAGGUGUCUGCGAGAUGUUCUUGAGGACCUCAAUGUGAAGGCAGGUUUCAUGGAAGAUAAAAGCUGAAGUUUUUUUUAUUAUUGAAUGUAGGAACUUUGGAUUUUUAAUUGAAUAGUACUAAUUAUAAGAGUUAGUAGCUAAGAGUGUCUCAGUAGUUAGGAGGAUAUUUCAUCAAUUUUGGAGAAUGAUGUAACGGAUUCCAUUAACAUUGCUUCAGCACAAACUGAAGGCAAUAACAGCAAGUAUGAAAGGAACCAAUUGCUUUGUUCACAACAUGUACGGCUGACUCUCCAAUUGGAACCAUCAAGAAGUACCUUUCUAUGAUGAAGUAACCUCAUAGUUCUUACUCUGUGGAAUACAUUUCUAAUAUUGUGUGUCUAUCAGGUGUUCUAGAGUAGAGGUGACACCUACGCCAGGUUUUAUUGCAUUUUAAGCAACCACUGAUUGAAGGUGGGGUAUAAUGAUCAUAAGGGAUCACAAAUUAUUUUAGUGGGUAAAAUAAUAAGAGGAUUACCAGUGAGAGGAGCGUGUGCAAUCUAGAUCUGUUCUGAACACCAGUAUCAUGCUUUCACCUGAUUUGGAGACACUCUGAUGAUUUUUUUUGUCCACUCCUGGAUUCAUUUCAACUUGAGGAUAGAUCAAUUGCACUCUUGAAGGUCUGAAUAAGCUAUUGAUAUUUAUUGAUAGUUACACUGGUCUUGAUUUCACCUGAAGGUUAUUUACACUCCAUAAUGUGGCCAUGGAGAAAAAGGAUUCUUAAAGUGACUGCUUAUCAUUAUCAUGGAGAUCUUUUAUUACUUCAAUCUGAGUUAGGUUGUCAAGUUUAGAAACUGCCCCUCUAUUAAGAUAUUACUGUAGACCAAGGUCUCUAAGUAGAAUAUUCUAGCGUGUGUUGGGUUGUUGUUGUGUUCAAAGGGGAAACUCUCAAACUCAUUUCCAACAGCUGUCUUUCAGGGAACUCACUCUGUUCUUCUGAUGGGAUGUAAGCAGUAAAGUACUGAUCUUUCUUUCAGUGAAGUUAUCCAACAUUUAAGCUUAUUUCAGUAACCAAACUAGAACUGUGUGCUCACAGGUUCAGUGAGAGCCAGAUAUGUUCUCUUUCUGAGGCCUAAUGCUUUCAACAUGCAAAUCGUGAGCACCGCACUGGUUUCUUAAUUGCAACUGGUUUCCUUCAAAUACAUCCUUUAUCAAACACUGUGAUAUUGAUGUGAGGUUAUGUGAGAUGAUCUUUUUCAGUAUUUUAAUGGGAGUUAGCCCUUUUGAAGGAAAUAUCAGGUAGGCAUUUCAAGUGUUUAUAUACUAAUAAAAUUCAUCAUAUUUGCUCACCAGUAACCAAUGAAACUAAACAUUUAAAAAUGAUUACAUUGGGAGCAAUGUAUAAACAGGAGAAUCACAAAUUAAUUGGAGAUGAGGAAGACUAUUCAGUCCAUCUUAAAUAAUUGCUCCAAAAACAUCAUUUGUGCUUCAUGUUAGUGUCCAGUUGAUUCUCUCAUUUCAUGGUUUCGUGCUGUUCCAUCCCAUGAGGAAGGCCCAUUGCAAGCAUUGAUCAUACUGUGUCACAGUGAUCAGUCUCGGAAAUUAAAUUUCCUUGAAAAGCAUCAGUCUGUGAUCUGUGGAAACCUGGAGAGAUGGCAUGGGCACUGCUACUGCUGUUUGUCCAGGGAUUAGCAUGGAUGUUCCAUUAGAAUGACAACAGACAAUCUGGAGACAUGCACUACCCUUGGAUAGUCAUCCUUUUAAAUUUACCUUUUACUGAUUUGGCUAAAUGCCCUACUACUACAAUUUAAGUGAAUGUCAGAUUGCAGAUUUAACUGAUGCACUCUAUUGUUGUCUCCCUCUCUUAGCCCUUACAGUACUAGCUGACAGCUGGGUUACUGCCACCAGUAUAGGGACAUGUCCAAUUAUGAGAGCUGGAUGAACAUGGUGUUUAAAAUGAGUACUUUUUUCCCCUAGCUAAUUCCAUGAAUCAUUGAAGGACACCUCAGAAUUUGAGCCUUAAACGCACCCCUCCCAUCUUUAAUGUUGGAAAAAUGAUACCCUUACCUAAGGGCAAGGAGUUAAAUCAUAAUUUAACACAAUGACCCUAGAGUUCUCUCAUUCCAUUACUGUCUGUGUUGAAUGUAAAUUAACUCAUGGCUUACUGCUGCUUUGCAUUGAGGCCUGCGCAGUUGCUAAACUAAUAUCAUAAUGGUUUCAUCCUUAAAUUUGAUACUGAUCCAAUGGUCUGAAAGUUGAUUAAGACCUACAACAAACCUUUCAAGAUUGAAUUAGACUGUUUUUUGCAAAAUUGUAGUUUUAUUGAUUUAUCUUUAAUUGUCAAUAUUAAGCUAAUUCUUAUGUAGGUUCAUUGCAAAGUUAUUGAUGAGUAUGAUCUUAUAAAUUGGCUCAGCUGAGGACAUAAGCCAAAGGAACCCACCUAAACCCAGGAAAGAUAUGCUUGUGUUACAAUAAUUACAGCUAGUGUAUAGUUAGAAGGAGAAGAAGCAACUUCAGUGGAAACCUUCAUAACAUCGAUGCUGAAUAAUCAAGUUGUGAUUUGAGUGCAGCAAGGUUGUGGAGAUUUGUUGUGACGUAGAUCAGUAGGCGAUCGUGUAUUUUGUAUCUCUGUAUUGUAACGAUUAUAUCAUAUAAAACCAUAUUAUCAUAUAAAACCAUAUGCACACAUAUCAAGAGUAGAUGUCUGCCCUCAGAGGCAGAACACAAGUUUAUAAGUCCGUUUGACUGAUUAUUGAGGCUGAAUUAUUUUAUUAUUAAACUAGAUUGGCAAGAGUAGAAACACAUUAAAUUAACCUUAUGAAGCCAUACUUGGUUGGAAUGCCAGCGUAAGGAUUUUGGAUUGAGUGACUUUGUUGAUCUUGAUAGGCUGAUGUAUGAUGCUGAUGUUAAGAAUUCUUGUCAAUUAUGUAGUGUGACAAUCUUUAUGCAUUUACUAAAUAGGACUAGCACUUGAGAAGCUAAACAUUAACUGUACAGUUCUAGAAGAACAAAAAGGAAUUUAUAUUUAAUGAAUUUUGUUGUGGGUGGGGUGAAGUAUGCUGGAGAUGGCAGUCAGUCCUAAUCUCCCUCACAAGUGACAUUUCUCAACCGAUUCUAAGGGUGCCAUGUAUAGCACAAACAUUAAUGUUGACUGCUCCCGUCUGUGAGUCCUUAUAAUGUGUUGAAAUUUAUUGAUGUGUGUUGGUGACAGUGCAUCUCUGCAAAAUAUCAUUAGAUUGCACUUAAUUGGUUACCUGUUAGCUGCUUUACCACGGACGCUGUCACUGACUACAGUUUAAAGUGUUCUCUUAAGAGCUGACCUAAUUUUAGAAGAACAAACUUCCCCAUUAUAGUGCUUGGUGCUGUUCAAUGCCCUAAUGAAAGUGGCUCAGUACCUCUCCUUCAAACUCCCUCUAACCAACCAUCCAUGCAGCACUCUUUCAUUUAACUAUUCACAUCUCCUACCCAAUACUCCUACUCUCCCAAACCCCCAUGCAUUGUUCAACUGUAAGAGUUUCUUCGGAUUUAGGCAGGUUUUGCAAAUCAAAUUCAUUGAUACACCCAGCAUUACAUACUUUGUGAAAGUUGUGAGUUAACAUUACCACCAUUCCCCGUGGGUUGGGUUUCAAUAGGAUUUAAUUGUUUAUUCUUCGAGCUGGGGAAGUGGGGGUUUAACAGAUUCAUAUUCUGGCCACAUGCUGCGUCAAUAUUGGAGUUUAAUGUUGCAAGAGGAAGCAAAAGGACUUCUGUCAUUUCUUUCUGUUGCAACCCCUUGAUCAGUUCUACUAGUAUGUAUAUUAUGCAAUGGUCAACUGCAAGUUACUGACAGUGUUGAUAGAGUCAUUCACAGGUAAUGGGAAUGUAACCUUAUUGAGGAGGAGGAAAUCAUUUAGAUAUGGUAAUGUGGUGGAGACUCCACUCAAUGUGCACACAUCAGGUUGUAUAAUCUGGACUGCAACUUCAAAAUUAAUCAAUCUUUUAAAAAAAGGUUUGAUCUUUGCCUUGUCUUGGUAGAGAAGCUGAUGUGGGAUUAAUGUUGUCAAGCUGGGACUUUGUUUUGAGGUACCAGAGCCUGUACGAUACUGCAACUCCAAUCAUUGAAAACUAAACUAUAAGUACUAAAAGGAAAACACUAAAUGGUACAUUUCAUUACGUCUAAGAUCCUUCUAGCUAAUGAUGUUGACUUUGAAGCUAGUAUCUGAUGUAACGCAGGAAAUACAGAAGUGAAUUUAUGCACAGCAAGCUCAACAAACCAUCUGUUUUUAGGUGUUGGUUAAUAAACAAAUGAUGGUCAGGUCUAGGAUGCUCUUCCUCAAAUGGUACCAUGGGAUCUUUCAUGCUUACCUGAGGUGAAAGACAGAUCCAUCUCAUUCGAAAGAUAGCACCUCUGAGAGUGAAGCAGUUCCUCAUUCAGCCAAAACAACAUGAUUCAGGUGCUAGAGUAGGACUUGAAUCCACAAACGUCUGACUAGGAGGUGAGAGUGCUAUGCACUGAAUCAUAGCAGACAGCGACUGCCACCGAACAUGCUCCAUUGUCUUAAGAUCCCCUGCUUGGCUGUUGGAAUUCUCCUGGUCUCAACAUCAAGGUGAAAGCAAUUUACUUGCUGGAAUAAAUCAGUCCUUGUGGUCAAGCUCCUGCAUUUCUGUGCACUGUUCAUUUGGACUUAACGUGAAUCUCUCUGCACCGAUGUGAAUGGCUGGAAGAAGUUAAGCCCCAUUUAAUACCAGUAGGCACUUGUGGAGAAGAUUGCAAUUCUCUCACUGACCACAUUAACAAGUAGAAUAAUAGAAUCCCUACAGUGUGAAAACAGGCCGUUCAUCCCUACAAGCCCAUACUGGUGCUCCAAAGCAUCUAACUCAGGCUCAACCCCCACCAUUUCCCUGUAACUCUGUAUUUCCCAUGGCAAAUCCACUUAACUUACACAUCUCUGGACACCAUGGGUAAUUUAACAUGGCCAAUCCUUGGACUGUAGGAGGAAACCAGAGCAGAAAGAAGAAACCCACACAGAUGUGGCGAGAAUGCACGAAAUGCGCACAGACAGAAUUGAACCUGGGUCCCUGGCUGCUAACGACCGAGCCACCAUGCUGUCCCCAACUAAAUCUGCUCUGUGGUAAAAUGAUACAAAUAUCAAAAAUAAAACCUUUAACACAAAACCAUAGGAACAGACGAGCUCAGAGUCACUCUGCAGGAAUAUUCAUUUAGUGUGAUAAGUUCAAAUCCAUUUCAAUCUUCGUAUUUAGGCAGUGAUCCUCCCCCUUUAAUUCUUCCUAAGUGGUCACCCUGCCCCAUUAACUUUUCAUUCUCUGGUACUGUCAGAUGCUGGUUUUGCCAAGGUGCGGUCCAAGUGUACAGUAUAUAUCAAGUAUUUAUCAUGUGUGAUUAGUGUGAGAUGGUGGUAAUUGAGCUUAGGCUAUUGUUUAGCAGGCUUUAGAUCUCAAUGCAUUUAAAACCCACUGCCAAAUACUGCUGCCUCUGACUGUGUAGUGUGAAGUUCAGUAUUUCACAGGCUGCUUCUCAUAAACAGACCUCAGCUGGACUGCAUUUACCAGUGUUAAGAGGUCACAUCUUGUGUCAGAGGCCAGUUUAUGUUUUAAAUUGCAUCUAAUUAGCAACAGUUUCAAGAUGUUGUGAACAAAAUCCUUUGUUAACUCGUUCUUCCUUUGUUCCUGAAUAUUUUUCUCCACCCAUCCUUCCUCCAACCCAGUGUGGCCUCCUGUGGUAAAUUUCACUGGUUACUGCACUCACUGCAUGUGGUUUAAUUUACCCCAAUAUUGUGACUCCAGAUAAAGAGGCCGCAGUGGUGGGAAGAAUGCUGGCUCUGAGUUCAAACAAAUUACCAGAUGUGGUACUUGUUCAAAGUGUAAGUCCAGACACCUAAAUACAAACACUGUACAUAACUUAUCAGAGGAUACCUCCCUCAGAAACCGUCCAACUCUUCAUAUUCACACUGUGUGCCUUGGAAUAGUAUGUGAAGAAUUAAGUGACCACGUAAAGAAUCUGGGAUCUGACCUGUUGAAACGACACUCAUCUGGAAGGUAUGACAUUGGAGCGGCAUGUAAGCCGGCUCUGUUUCACAAUGUCGACCUUCAGCCCAUCAGGCAUUUUCAAACAUUUGAAAAGGUCAGUCAUUAGGGAGCUGUGUAGUGACUUUGAUUUCAGCAGUCAUUGGGAAGAGCAGCUUUGUGCACAAAUGCAGAAAACAUCAGCCGAGCUUAAUCACUGCUGUCUGUGCAAACAUCAGCAUAGUUCCAGGUGCUGCUAUCUCAGUGUGCAGCCACAGAUCCUUCAACCCAGUGCUGUAUGCACAUUGACCAAUGAAUACAACACAUCGAUGUGCUCUCUAUUUAAAUUCUGCGUAGUAAUUAAAUCUAGCUGUUUUGUGCAAAUGUGCUCAGCAGGGCAUUGAUUCUGAGAUUUUGAUAUUUGAUGUGUUGUCACCACAGGAGAGUUCGAUGUGUACCCUCCAAUGCAGCUGGUCUGGAUUAAGAGGAAUCUGAAGGGCUGUAAAUGGAUAUGAUUCAGAGUUGGAUGGGAAAAUUCAAAAAAAUGUCACAAUACUCUUCAGAAAUUUUUAUUAUUUGGCACAGCCUUGGUCAAGUUUGAGAUUUGGCAAAAUGCUGACUAGAUGAUGUUUGACUUUGUGCCGGCUACUGAUAAUUUGAUAUUGCAGCUGUAUUGGCCAAGUACGGUUGUCAAUUUUUGGAAUUGGUAGGAAUUUGAUAUUUGAUUCAGUGUCAGUUAAGGCACUUUGAUUGUGAUACUGGUUAGGCACAUUUGGAAUUUGCCACACUGGUAGUUAAGAAAAUGAUUAUUUGGUGUGUUGCAGGUUAGGACAGUUUGAUUAGCGUGAAUAACAAAGUGUGGAGCUGGAUGAACACAGCAGGCCAAGCAGCACCUCAGGAGCACAAAAGCCGACGCCUCGGGCCUAGAUCCCUUCAUCAGAUUAGCGUGGCGUUGGUUUAGGUAGUUUGAUAUUUCUCGUGAAAUUCAUUAAAGUAGUUUUGUCAAGACAGCUUGAUGUUUGGCAUAGUACUGCUUAGGACUGUUUCAGAUCAGUCUUCGCUUGGAUCUUUGGCACAUGUCUGAGUGUGUUUCAAUUUGCCUUUUAAUGGUUUAUAUAGUUUCUUUAAAGCACAGAUUUUUCUAUUUUAUCUCUGAACUAACUAUUUAACACUUGGAGCAAUAAAAUCACAGUGCAGUGUUGGUGUAAUGAGAGAUGGCUCCCUCACUCCCAAUCGCCCAUACGGUCUGUACUCAUCAGACCAAACACUUCUUUUCACUUAUUCUGCUAUUGCAAACGAAACAAAGGGAAAGUGGACAACUUGUCUAAUCAAGAGGGAGAGCAUGUGAGACUUGUGACACAGAGACCCAACUGAGUGGCUAUAGAUUGAUUAAUCCCUCAUUCAAAUGCUAGUUCUAGGUUGUGUAGGGUUUUUCAACUCUGCCUGGGUGAAAGGUGCCCAGGCUUGGGGGAAUGAGCUGGACAUUCUGUCUCAUGGGAACAACAAAACAGAUUGUCCUUUUAAGUUGGUGCCAAGCUGUAAGGAUAAACUUUACAAACGAGCUGGGUUCAUUUUGUAAUUGUAGUAAAUAUCAUUUUCAGCAUCUUUCUCAUUAACACCAAUUGUUUUGAUCACCACAGAAUAGAGUAGGUGAUCAUUUUCAGCCACCCAUUUCCAUUGUGCCCACUCAUGCCCUCAUUGUUAAUCCUUUCAGUUUGCUAGCUGCUGCCAGCCUGCUCUGUAGUCCAUCUUAUCAACAAACCUAACUUCAACCUAAUUCAUUCAUUAGCUUGAAAAACACAAUUGGCUUUACUCAACUGUUCCCCACCUCUGUAACUUAUUAUUUCUGCCCUUCCUCCACACGUGUUCCGUGCUGUUUAGUACAUACUCAUGUGCCAUCCCUGGUUCCCAUCCUGCAUUCAUGCACUGCUCGCAACCCUUAUUUUAGUCUGUUUGUGUAACGCUCAGUUGCUGUUGCUUCUUUAGUCAAUCUCUGAUGGAAACAACACCGAUUUCUGAAGUAGAGACUAAAAUGUGAAAAUGACCAAUGUGCCUCCCUGUUUGGGAAAGCUCAUUUCAAACAGGUUGACCCACUGUCCAAAUUUCAUUCUGGCUUCUUACCAAUGUAUGGCAGACUCGAGAAAAAAACCCAGUGCAAUGUGGGGAGAGGUCAGCCCUGCCUCCAUUGAUCUGCCACCUCAUAUAGCUUAGUCUUCCAAAACAAAACGUCUGCCAUUUUUGCAAGAUCGGCCUUAAAAAAUAAGAUGUGCAACCAAACUGACAGAUUUGUUUUGGCAAAAGCCGAAAAUUGCAGAUGCUGGAAAUCAGAAAUAAAAAGAAAAAAUCUGGGAAGGCAUGGCAGGUCUGGCAGCAUCUGUCAAGACAGCAACAGAAUUAGCGUUUAGGUCUGUGAUCUUACAGCAGUCCUGCAAAGCAUGAGCGUGUUGCAGAGCAAUGAGUUUCGAGGUAGUCUGGCCAGAUCCAGGCCUGGGGAUGCCAUCUCUUUCAACUUUGUGUAUUUGAGUCACCACUGAUUAACGUAUCAAUGUACAAACUGUGGCCUCCUUGAGCUGUCAAGUUCCACACAUUCUGUAUCCUGUACUGAUUUGAAUAAUCUUUAUCGUUUUACAGUUUCAAGAUGUUAUUUAAUAAACUGUUUUGAGAGAA